UCGAAAGUAUAGAAAGUAAAGAUGAACUUUGAAAGCACUUUAAACUUCAGCUUUGUUUUGGCUGUGAUAUUUUGCCUAACUGCCCAAGGAAAUGCCGGAGUGAUAGAGACAGACCGCAACAGGCUGCAGCAACUCCAGAACCUAAGUCGUCAAACAUCUGAUGCUAACACGCAGGUGCGAAUUGCCUAUGAAGUCAUAGGUAUUUACAAUAAAUACAAGGGGCAAAGGGGAUCAGAUGUCGCUCGGGAAACUCAGCUGAAUACCCAAGUCCGUGAUUUCAAGAGGAAGACGGUCGUCGUAGAUGGAGUUCCAGCCCAAGGAGGAGUUUGGGAAAUCCUUGGAAUGGUACAGUCCGCUUCUGGGGCUAUUCCGGAACAUGUCAAGAAGGAUGCCCAGAACUUGGUUAAGAGUUCCUCAAAGGCCUUAGUUGAUGGUCUCGUUAACUAUCUUAUAAAUACAGCUUUGGCUAAAUUGGGCCUGGGAAAGUAAAAUAGAUGGAGGAUUUAAAAAAGAAGGUUUAAAAAACUUUUGAAAUUUAUAAGUAAAAUCUAUUAGCAGGGACUUACUUAAGAAAGUAUAUAUUUUUUUAAUAUAUGAGUGUGAUUUUAAUCAGGGUAAAAAUGUUAAAACUACUUCUUAUUGGGAGAAUAAAUAUUAUUUUUCGUAA